AAAUUGCUGCACUCCCAUGUCUACCAAUUUUACAUCCACGGCACAGAAGGCCUUGGAAAAAACGUUUAGCACAGCAAAGAAAUACAAAAAUUACCAAAUUGAACCGGAACAUUUGUUACUCGCUCUGAUGGAGUUGGACAUACCGGUUGUGGAAAAAAAUUUGACGAGGGAAGAGAAGAGCAAGAUGAAAAACGAGUUGAUUCGGAGAAUUGGCGCAUUGGCUAGGGGCAACGAGGAUACAAUGCCCAACCCAAGCCACAAGUUCACGAAUUUGCUGCAGGAUGCACAGGCGAACAAGCAGGAGGUGAGUGAGGUGGAUCUCCUAGGUGCCACGAUAAAAUACGUCCAGAUAGAUGGCACCGGUAAGCUUGAGACGGUUGUUAGGGGGGUAAGAGAGAGCAAAACACCUACUUUGGACUCAGUUGCGCUGGAGAUGGUACACGAGGCGCGCACCACGUCGAUGGAUCCGGUGAUUGGACGUGUAAAGGAAAUACGAUCCAUAAUUGAAAUAUUGGCAAAGAAGAAGAAAAGCAAUCCGAUGCUUGUAGGACCGGCCGGUGUGGGUAAGACCGCUAUUGUGUGCGGGCUUGCGCAGCUCAUAUCGAAGAACGAGGCACCCGGUCUCACGAACUAUCGCAUCUAUAACCUAGAUGUGGGCAGUAUGGUGGCAAAUACGGGGGUGCGUGGCGAAUUUGAGGAACGCGUGCGCAAGGUGGUCAAGGAGGCCGAGGAGUGCCCGAACAUAAUCUUGUUCAUCGAUGAGAUACAUACUGUGAUCAGUGCAGGCUCAACUUCUGGGUCGCUUGACUUCAGUAACAUCCUCAAGCCAAGCUUGGCAGCAGGGAAGAUAAAAAUUAUCGGCGCCACUACACAUGAUGAGUACAGGAAAUAUAUGGAAACUGAUGCUGCGUUCUGUAGGCGAUUUGUUAAGGUAACGAUCAACGAGCCGUCGAUUGAGGAUAGCAUCACAAUGCUGCGUGGCCUACGGAACAAAAUGGAGCUGCAUCAUGGUAUAAAGAUCGAAGAUAGUGCGAUUGUGUUUUCGGUGAAGAUGGCCAAGAAAUACAUUUCGAACAGGCGGUUGCCCGAUAUUGCGAUCGAUCUUGUGGAUACAGCAUGUGCAAGCGCCACGAUCGAGCUGGAGAGUGAGCCACAGGAGAUUUUAAACAUGAAAAACCGAAUUUGGUCGCUCGAACUGGAGAGGGCAGCUAUCGAGCGCGACUAUAAGAUAAAGCGUGAUGCCAGUGAAAAGGACGAAAGGGAUAGUGCUGCCAGGACUGACGAGGAUAGGAUGAAGAGCUACAGCAAAGAAACAAAGGAGAGACUGAACGAGGUGAUGGCGAAGAUCGAGGAAGCUAGAAGGAGCUUAGUGCCCCUUGAGGAAACAUAUGAAAAGGAGAGGGCGUCGGUCUCUGAAGCAAAGGCGCUCAAGACCAAGAUUGACCAGAUUUACAGCAAAAUUGAGGAAGCGCGACGGAGAAACGAUACGUAUCAGGUGCUAGAUCUGCAGACAGAGGUGCUGCCUGUCAUUGAAAGAAAGCUAAAGGAGAUUGAGGGCUCAAUCCUCAUUACAUCGGCGCACAUAGCAACCGUAAUUAGCAGAUGGACAGGCAUUCCGGUAAGGAGGCUCACGUUGAAAGAAAAUGAGCGGUUGCUUGGUAUGGCAGACAGAAUAAAGCACCAUGUGUUUGGACAAGACACAGCCGUUGACCGAGUGGUCCAGUGCAUUCUCAGGAACCGUGUGGGGCUGAGUGAGUCAGACAGGCCUAUCGGUGCAUUUCUGUUUCUUGGACCAUCAGGCGUAGGAAAGACUGAGCUGGCCAAAGCGAUCGCGUUCGAGCUGUUUGACGAUGCGAAGAGCAUGGUGGUCCUCGACAUGUCGGACUAUGCGAAUGAGAUAAGCAUAACGAAGCUGCUGGGCGUGAGCGCUGGGUAUGUGGGAUACGCCGAAGGCGGUGCGCUCACCGAGCCGGUAAAAGAGAAGCCGUACAAUGUGGUUCUCUUCGACGAGCUUGAUCUGGCACACCCCAAGGUGGUGAACGUGCUGUAUCAGCUGCUGGACGAGGGUCGGGUAACCGAUGGAAAGCGAAACGUGAUUGAUUUUACGAACACGGUUAUCGUCAUGACGAGCAAUCUUGGGUACGAGAAGAUUCUUACAGGGGUGUACGACACGGAUGAAAUCGAGAGAGGGUUGAACGAGCGGUUUGGUCCUGCACUGAUUAACAGGAUAGAUGGCAUUUGCUACUUCAAUGCGCUAUCAAUGGUUGAUCUGCGUUCCAUCCUUGACUACAAGUUGGCAACACUCAACAAGGAACUGAACGAGAAGAAAAUCUACCUGUACCUGAGCAAUGCGGUCAAGCAAGAUGUUAUCAACAGGAACUAUAAGCCUGUUUACGGUGCGCGCCCGCUCAAGCGAGCACUUAGGAGCACCUUUAUGGAUGCUAUUGCCCAUAUCAUGCUCACGAAUAGCAAGAUGAUUGAGAGGGCUGAAAAGGUGCUGAUCAACAGCUUUACGCAGGAUGAGGGACUUGAAGGGCUGCAGAUAGGUGAUUACGUGUACGUGGUGCAAUACGAGUAAAGUGUUUGUUUCAAUCUGCUGUGCCGUUUUCAUCUGUUGAUGGAGCAGGCAGUCUUUUCCUACAAACACGGACAGGUAUCGGCCGAAGGUGGCAGUGCUUGCUCCUAGUUUUAUUACCUUAAAAGAUUGUCCUCCUACACCAGUACUGAAUUUGUCCUCUUUAGGCAGCACCUUUACACAUUUUUAUGGAGAUGAAAAUUGACUUUUUUGUGAAACGGUGUUGUGAGAGGUAACAGAAAUAUUGGGUAAAUUUGGUGUGCUGUUCAGGUUUUGUAAUAUGGAGAGAUAAAUAAAAGUACUUUUAGCGAAA